AACAUUAAGAAAGUUGUAGUCCUGUGAGGAGUCAGCUGUAAGCUUAUUAAGUUCCUUAUUCUGCCUUUCUUUGAGGAAAGAUUGGGUAAGAUCUAUAAUUUUACACAUCAUCUCAGCAAUUAUCUGCAACUAGUGAUGCAUCUGGCUCCCCUCUGCCCUCUGCAGGACUUAGAAUUCCCUGAACUUGGUUUUCAAGGCAAAUCAGAAUUUCAGAAAUGGAUGGAUGUUCUGUAUUUACUCACUUGUGGAACUAUAAUGUGAUGACUAAAAAAAGCCCUGCUUAAUGUAUUGUGGCCUUCUGGUUCAAUUCCUUGAAAUUUUUUUUUGAUUAAAAGGGUGACUAUAGUGAAACGUUUUGCAUCUUGGCAUGGUUCCAUGGCAUGAUAAAGUUUCAUCUAAACAGAUUGCCCAUUAAUUUGCCUGCAGAUAUUACCAUGAAAUUGCUACUGUCCAGGAAUCCAGCCUAACCGCAUUGAAUCCUGUAAGAGCACAGUGCAUGAAUGUCUUAUUUUGGUGACAUAUUUUCAUGAGUACGUACCAUUUGAAGUCACUACUAUAGACAGAGGAACAACUGGAGUGAGACAACAUGAUUUCACUCCUAUCCCUGGAUAUUGGACAUUCGCGUCUGGUUUAUUUCUUGAAUAGAACUACAGAUAUUGACCGUCCAAAUGGGACCUACUGCUACAGUGCUCGAAAAAGUACUGUGCUUCAAGGCUUAACGUUUGGUGGAAUCCCUGUUGUCUUGCUGCUCGAUGUAUGUUGCUUUUUGAUCUUAAUGGUGAUAUUUUCCAUUAUUAGAAGAAGAUUCUGGGAUUAUGGUCGCAUUGCACUAGUAUCAGAAAAGGAGAGUGAAGCCAGAUGUGAUCCUGAAGACUUGGCUGCUCAUGAGGGUUUUUGUUCUUGGAUGGCAUCUAUCUUUCGAAUGCAUGAUGAAGAGAUUCAUGAAAGAUGUGGAAAUGAUGCCAUUAUCUAUCUCGCCUUUCAGCGCCAUCUCAUCUGCCUCUUGAUUAUUAUCAGCAUGUUGUCUUUGUGCGUCAUACUUCCUUUAAAUUUAUCAGGCAACCUACUUGAUAAAGACCCCUUUAGCUUUGGGAGAACUACUAUAGCAAACUUGCAAACAGGCAAUAAUUUUCUCUGGCUGCACACAGUUUUUGCUGUAAUUUAUCUGAUUCUGACAGUUAACUUUAUGAGACAUCACAGUAAAUCGGUCAAACACAAAGAAGAAAGCCUAGUACGACGCACAUUGUUUAUAACUGGCCUUCCCAAAAAUUCCAAGCCACCAACCAUAAAGAAUCACAUAGUUGAAGCCUAUCCAACCUGCACUGUGGAAGAGGUCCAGAUAUGUUAUGAUGUAGCCAAACUCACUUAUCUGUUCCAAGAGAGAAAAAAGGUGAUGAAAAAUGUGGCUUAUUAUACAAACAUGUUGGAGAAAUGUGGCAAACAAUAUCGCGUACACACAAAACCAUGUGGGCAUUUCUGCUGUUGUGACAUCAGAGGUUGUGAAAGGGAGGAUGCUAUAGAUUACUACACCAAGGUUGCCAAUAAAUAUUUGGAAGAAGGUUUGAAAGAGGAAAAGAAGAUUCAUGAUAAGCCAUUGGGAAUGGCUUUUGUAACAUUCCAGGAGAAAUACAUGGCAACACAUAUUCUUAAAGAUUUCAAUGCCUGUAAAUGUCAAGGCUAUAAGUGUAACGGAGAACCUCAGCCGUCACCCUGGAGCAAAGAACUCUGCAUUUCAAAGUGGAAUGUUGUGUAUGCUCCCUAUCCAGAGGAUAUUUGUUGGAAUAAUCUCUCAGUUCAAGGGGCAAAAUGGUGGUUUCGGUGGUUUUGUAUCAAUUUGCUUCUUUUUUGUGGGCUUUUUUUCCUGACAACCCCUUCCAUCAUCAUCUCCACAAUGGACAAGUUCAAUGUAACCAAGCCUAUUCAUUAUCUUAAUAACCCAAUUGUUAGCCAGUUCUUUCCGACAGUCCUUCUGUGGUCCUUUUCAUCUUUGCUACCAUCAAUCGUCUAUUACUCAACACUGCUUGAAUUGCACUGGACAAAGUCUGGUGAACACAGAAUAAUGAUGCAUAAAGUUUACAUAUUUUUGAUCUUCAUGGUGCUAAUUCUACCUUCACUUGGUUUAACCAGUCUGGAUUUCUUCUUUCGUUGGGUGUUUGACAAUGCAUCUGAAUCUAAAGUUAGAUUAGAGUGUGUCUUUCUGCCUGAUCAGGGAGCCUUCUUUGUGAACUACGUGAUUGCAUCUUCUUUUAUUGGGAAUGGGAUGGAGCUCCUGCGUUUGCCAGGCCUCGUGUUAUACACCAUUCGCAUGAUUCUGGCCAAAUCUUCUGCCGAGAGAAAAAAUGUUAAGCAGCACCAAGCAUUUCAAUUUGAGUUUGGAGCAAUGUAUGCCUGGACACUCUGUGUAUUCACUGUCAUCAUGACCUACAGCAUCACUUGCCCCAUUAUUGUCCCAUUUGGGUUAAUUUAUUUACUGCUGAGGCAUUCGGUUGACCGCUACAAUCUCUACUAUGCAUUCCUUCCUGCAAAGCUAGAAAAGCAGAUCCAUUUAGCUGCCGUGAAUCAGGCUCUUGCAGCUCCAAUUCUCUGCCUGUUUUGGCUGUUUUUUUUCUCUUUUUUGAGGUUAGGCUUUAAAGCACCUACAACUUUAUUUACGUUCCUAGUUCUAGUUAUAGCAAUUGCCUUUGGCUUAGGAUAUACCUGCUUUGGCUGUCUCAAGUACCUGAGCCCCCAGAACUAUCAGAUAGGAAAACAAGAGAUCAGUGAAAGAAGACAUCACAUUGCUCCAAAAUCACCUGUAUAUGUCCCUCGUGUUUUGCGACAUAAUCUUACUGAAAGAACAGUUCUGGAUCAUACGGGCCUGCAGGGCUACGGCACCAUGGCAGGGCCCAGUGAAGUGCAACACGAUGCCAUCUACGUCUCUUAAAAGAAUGAAUUUACUAUCACUGGAGAGACAUAAAAGUUUGUGUCUUGCUAUCAUGGACUAACACAAGGUGGCACCCUUGGCCCUGCUUCAAAAGAGCAGAUUUUACCAACCAUAUUCCUGUGUUUCACAGUCUUCUCUUUCAAAAGAAGCACUGAUCUGGCCAUUCAGGAGGGUUUCAUUUGUGUGAAUUUUCCAAAGUUGCUACUGUGGGAUUACUCACUCCUAUAGGUCAUUACAUAAAUUGUGGCGUAGGCAUACUGAACAAAAAUGCUUGGAGAAACUACUUUGGGUUUACUUAAUUGUUUGCCUUUAUAGAAAAAAUUGACAAAAAUUUGGGCAAGUACUAGAUUGCCAGCAUUUGUUAAACAUUUUGGGGUUAUUUCUAAAGGCAUUAGCUGAUUCUAUACAAAAACAAAUAUAGGAAAAGCCAAGCAAGUGUAAUCUGAGGAGUGUUCUGAUAUUCUGCUAAUACCUCAUACCUUCCAGAGUUGGCAAGAGCAUUUCUCUUUUUUAGAAGAGGAUUUUCCUGCUAAUGUAGAGGAAAAUAUGUGCCAGAUCUAGGGGACAUGGGAUCACAAAUUCUAUUUAUCCAAUAACAUUUAAAUAUGGGCUCCAGUUGUUAAUUUUCGGGUCACUGUUUUAAGGGUCUCACACAAGGGAAGUUUACUUGCCAAGCAAUAAAGGAUGUGAAUAUUUUAUUACUUUUAAGCUCUCUGGUUUAUACAAAAAAGGUCUGAUUUAAGUGCCAAAGAUAUCACAAAUAUAAUGUUAGGCUGUUUUAAAUUAUGAAGCAAGUAUAAAUUUCUACAAGAAGCUGUGUUGGAUCCAUGCAUAAUUAAGCAAUCACAUUCAAUAAAACACUAUUCAGAUA